CUGUGCUGCGUCUCGCCUAGCUUGACCAUGAUGUGUGUUGCGAAGGCGCCACGUCGGCAGAACCAGCGCGGUCAGAGGCUCCCUGCUCCUCUGCUGAAGGGAAGCGCUGCGAGACGAGCAGAGCACUCCGAGAGACGAGCGCAGGCACAGGCAGAGCGGGACGGCACAGUCACGCACAGUAAACCGAGCCUACCUGCUGAAGUGAGAAGUUUGGGUCGGAGGCAGAAGCAGAGCAUCAGUUCCGCUACUUUGCUGCCAGGUGUGUUUUGGAGAAGCUCUGGGAAUAAUGGUGAAGAAUGUGAACAGCGUGAACUCGGAGCCCCAGCCUGGGACCAGCCUGGCCGGGGAUGAACCUGAACCCGCCAACAGCCACUCUGUGUCAGAUCCUGGCAAAGAUCACUGUGCCGCCACCCCUGGCAUGAUAUCACAGGUGACUGGUGGCCUCUUCCGUGGCACUAAAGGUCUUGUGGGUGCAGCAGUAAAUGGGAUAACCUGGAUCGGGGGCAAGGGCCUAGAGAUCACCAAGUCAGCAGUUACUACGGUGCCCUCAGUUGGGGUGGGGCUGGUGAAGGGGGGGGUGUCAGCUGUGGCUGGUGGCGUCUCCACGGUGGGAUCGACAGUAGCGAGCAAAGUGCCAUUCACAGGCAAGAGGAAAGACAAGGCUGAGUGAGGAGGAGGAUGCUGAAGAUGAUAAUGGACUGAGCCAACGGAGAAAGGCUGCUAGCUGCUUUCUAUCUGCCAAUCAGACUGUUUUCCACCAGUGCCUUCUGAAGCUUCACCCUGUCCUGUCUGUCUUUUUGUUGCCAUACCAGAAUUUAGAUACUGAUGCCAAUACAAGUUCUAGAAAUUCAACAAUACUGCAAUAUCAUGGCAAACCAGAAAAAACAUCAAGCAGCAUCAUCAAACACCAAAAGAUGUUUUUCUUCGUCCUUUGUGUCACCACACUGACCUGGACGGGGGGUUUUGAUGCCACUGAGUGUCCACCUCUCAGGUGUGGAAGCUCCUGGUACCAGUUUGACAACAGGUUUGGUGGGCUGGAAUCCAGCUCAAGACACGGUGGACUGCUGUUGCCUCAGUCCACGGACAAGAGCCAGAGUGAGACUGUUGAUUCCAACCGUUCCUUUCUUCUUUUAACUGUUCCAGUCCUCUUUCUUCAAAGUAUUGCAGUCUGUUUGUUUAUGCCCUCCGACGGUGAUAAUGACUUCAUUCUUUGGCAGUGAUAAUGAAGUAGUAUUGCUCAUCAUGACAAGACUAGGAUGUACUGAACGUGUGGUUUUGUGUUAGAAGUCAGGGAUCAGCAUUUUUCAGGGCACAUUUCAAAGAUCAACUCACUUUGAAAGCAUGUCUGAAGACUGUAGACCAUGUAAACAUUCAGAAAUACAGCCAGCUACAUUACUGUUCAGAUGCAGUGCCUGUCUUCAACUUGUGUUGAAAUACAAAGUGUUUAAAUGCUGCAGCAGCACGUGACAAGAUGGAUUUGUAAAAUUUCUAAAAAAUAGUUUGUAUGUAAAAGAUGAUUUUCAGGAGCUGUGAGGAAAACGUGCCCUGUGUAGUCACAACUGUGGUUGGUCUAUAAAGGCUGAACUACAUCUGGCUGAAAUCUGAAACAGUCAUGCACUGUCACUGUUGAGAAUAUUUCAUGUGUGAGCUGGAAAUCACAAUAUCAUUUCAAUUCAUUGAAGGGCUCAAUUUUCCUUUUUUUCCUGACUGCUCCAGUUUUGUUUUGUUUUUUACAUUUGUGAACAUUUAUAUGGAAUUUCAGCAUUACAAUGCAAUAUUUACAUUUAGAAUUUGUGGUUCCUGAAGUGACUUAAAAAUGUUGCUGCUGGACCUUGCCAUGUGAAUGUUUUGUAUGUUCUUUCAGUAUAUCAAUAAAGUAGUUUGGAAGGUU